ACCCGGAAUAGAGUCUGCUGCGCCCUAGUUCGGUGGCUUUGCUGUUUCGCUCCGAGAGCUGCUGCGGGAUGCUGGCAGCCUGACUGUGCCUGUGCCGCCGCCGCAGCUGCCCACGCCGCGCCCGGGACGCGAAUGAAGAAACUGCUCCUCCUGCUCUUCAACUAUCGGGGACUCACGCGAGGCGGGGGACGCAAAGGGAAACGCCGCCGAAAAUGGCCUCGUUCCGUAUACGCGCCGCGCGGCCCGAGGACUGCGCCGACCUCCUGCGCCUCAUAAAGGAGCUUGCUAAAUAUGAAGAAAUGGAGGAUCAAGUGGUACUGACUGAAAAAGAUCUACUUGAGGACGGAUUUGGAGAACAUCCUUUCUACCACUGCCUUGUUGCAGAAGUGCCAAAAGAACACUGGACAGCUGAAGGAUACAGUGUUGUGGGCUUUGCCAUGUAUUACUUCACGUAUGACCCAUGGAUUGGAAAACUGCUGUAUCUUGAAGACUUCUUUGUAAUGAAUGAGUUCAGAGGUUUGGGCAUUGGUUCAGAAAUUCUAAAGAAUUUAAGUCAGGUGGCUGUCAAAUGUCGUUGCAGCAGUAUGCACUUCUUAGUAGCUGAGUGGAAUGAGCCUUCCAUCAGGUUCUACAAGAGACGGGGAGCUUCUGACCUGUCAUCUGAGGAAGGAUGGAGACUUUUCAAAAUAGACAAGGAGUAUUUGAUGAAGAUGGCAGCUGAAGAGUGAGGAGCUGAGCUCUCAGGACAAUAGCAAUUUGCAUCCAAAAUUUCCUUUUUGACUGUGUCCUUCCUGUUUCCUAUUCAACCAUGUAGUAAUGAAAUAAGUUAAUAUGGACCCUAAUUCAAAAGCUUUAUUACCAGUGGCAUAAAUAUGAUUGUUUGCUGGAGUUUUGGGACUCUAAUCCCACAGGCAGUGACCGUUACAGAGUCAAGUUACUUGUCUGUCUCCAUCCUCUCAUCAGUACACCUGUGAUCCUGAAAUGUAUAUUGUAUAUAACUUCAUUCUUGUAAGUGUCAUUCAAAUGUGUACAGUGUACACACUGGUAGGGUUUUUUCUUAAUUAUUUGCAUUCAUAAGCAAAUAAACUGUUUUUCAUGCUAGCGACCACAAA